GGAAAGUAGCAGAGUUUUUCGAAAGAAAAUAACAAACUCCGUAACUUUCCACCGUCCGAUUAAUAUAUAUGUAUUGCCCGUUUAUUCUCUCUCUUCAACGAGUUGAGUAGUGUUAAUAGAUAUCUCUAGAGAGAGAACCUGAUCAGAUUUCAGUGAUGGACGAUUCAAAAUUACAUAGCGGUGUGCGGCGGAGCAGAGAGACGGAGGCUACAAGCUCCGGUUCCGGUAAGAGAAGAAGAUUCGAUCCUCUAGAUCAAGAGAAUGCUGUUCAGCUGGAAAAUCAGUGCCGAAGUGGAGUCGACGUGAAUUUCCCGGAGGAUAUCAUUUCUUCGGCGGAAUCUGGUUGUUGUGAUCAUGUUGUGUCGUCUCAAUGUUUCAAAAAUGAUUUGAGCUUAGAUCUGAAGGCGGAGCUUCGUUUCCAAACUGAAGCCUCCAUGUCCAGCAAUGACGGUUUCAGUAGAGAGACGUGUUCUUUAAGUGAGAUUUGUGGAGAUUCAGAAGAAAUGGAAUCACCGUCAACAACGAAAACGCAACCACCAGCCUCCGCACCACCACCACAGACAGCAGCAACUUCCCGUCGUAAACCGGUAACAGUGUCAGUAUCAAAUCUUCCAACGGCGGCGGAGAUUGAUGAGUUUUUCUCCACAGCGGAAAAGAAAGAACAAAAACGAUUCGCGGACAAGUACAACUUUGAUAUCGUGAACGAUGUUCCAAUGGAAGGUAGAUACCAGUGGGUUCGUUUAAAGCCAUAAUUCUCCGAUAUUCAACCAGGGAAGGAAGACAACGAUGAUAUGGUCCAGAUGAAGUGAGGGUUGGAUUCAAAUGCACUGACGAUAGCUUGGGAGUCGAGAGUUGGGUUCAGAGGCAACAAUGGUGUUGGUGAUUUUAUAUCAUCAAUAUUAUUUAAGUGUAAUAGGAUUAAAUAUGUUGACCAAAAGUGAUCUUGUUGAAUUUUGAACAAAUUAGGAUGGUGUAGGAGUGCAUACUUGUUCAAGUUUUUUAAGAUUCAAAGUAUACUAUUAUUUAGGGGUGAAACCCCUAAAUGAACGAGGCUCCGGGGGCAAUGCCCCUGGGAGUGGAGUCCCAGGGUCGGCAACCCCUGGUGGGAUCCAAGGGGCAAGCCCAUGGCUGGGAUCGAAAAUCCAAUUUUAGAAAGUUGAUCAUUUUUUCUCUGAGAUCCAUUUAAUGACAGGUUUGGUAGUCUUUUAUAACAUUUUGUAACUGUCUAGUGACAGUUUCCAUACAAGAAUCAUAUAGUCAUUUUUGUGUCAAUUUUUUGGUACGUCUUCAAUAACAUUUUCAGAUACAUUCUCUGAUUUCGUAUCUUUGAAUUUCAUCCAGUUGAGUGUUCGAUCUGUAUCAUCGAAAUACUUCAAUUUGAUAGUGAAUCACAACUUUCAGAGAAUCCAAACAAUAUGUUCAUCCCUUAUUACUAACAAAUGUUUGGCUUUAUAUGCGCCAGUGAUGGUUGUGUUUAAGAUGCGACACUGAGGAUGGCCACGAUGAAGGAAGACGCCGUCGAGGGUGAAUAUGUCUUUUUUUCUCAACCGUCAAUUGAAUAAAUGUUAAACCGUUAUGUAUGACAUAUUUUUUUCAUGACAAAUAAUAUAAUUUUAUGGGUGCAAGUCAAAUGAGCAUGUGGUGUAGAAACUCAUAUCCUCAAAUCCAAAAUAAUAAUAAUAAUAAUAAUAAUAAUAAUAAUAAUAA